AAGUGCCUUAGUAUCAAACCACCAUGAGCGACUCGCGCGCGCCGAAUGCUGGCGAUGAUGCUGAACGGAUGCGCCUAAAGAGACUUGCGAAGCUGGGAGCACCAAGUCCAUCUCCUGGUGCGGCCUCGUCGUCUCAACCAAAGGCGUCUUCACCUCCUCCGAAAGUUAAUCCAAAGCCCUCUUCGAAAUCAACUCCAUCUCCCUCGACGCCUGUGGCGCCGCCGCCGCCAGCUCCAGUCUUUGCCAGGAAAGCCACCGUUCCUGCCAGCCUUAAUAUUCCAGCUUGGGACAAUGAAACUGUCGGUCAGGUCCUUGGAGUAACAUUGGAUCGAGAUUAUGCAGAGAGGCGUCAAUGGGGUCCGGUAUGGCUGAAAUACUUACAGCAGGAACUGGACUCUGAACAACCAGAUGCUCCAAAACCCUGGAAACUAACUGCGGAACUCGCUGAUCGACUAUUAAUCUCGAGGAUCGAAGUAAAUCGGGAGACAAUGUCAGAUGAUCUAGAUUAUUUACCAGUCCUUGCAUCUCUUCCUGAGGAUGAAACCAUUUUCGAAUACCUUAUUGGAUGUUGGAGACGACACAACAAUAUUAGAACCGCCCUCGCAAAGAAAAAUCUAACUCCUCAGGAUUCGCAGCACGCACAUUCAGUUCUGAAUAAACUCAAAGACUUGAUAGUCAGUUAUGCUGGCCUCGAUCUGCAAGAUCCCGAAAUGUUCACACAAACACGAAGCAAAGCAACAGGGCCUCCAGAGCUGGUCUCAAAUUUGUUAUCUCUCUCUAGCCUCACCGACCCCUUGUCCAGCAGUUUUUCUGGAACCGUCCUCACUGCUGAUGAAGUUCCCCUGUUCUUGCAAGAUCUGGUUGCGCGGUUUGAACCUGAUGGAGAACUUGACUCGGUCUUGGGAACAACAAUCAGGCAGCUUCUGUUUCAUGUUUCACUUGCUCGUCCGGAAGGUAUUGGUGGCGCGGAUGCAGGCUGGCGGGGAGUUCUGAGUGGGUUAGAAGCACUGGUCGCAAUUAAACCUAUUGCUGUUAUGAUGACCAGGCUGCCGGAAUGGAAUCCAUCGUCAGCUACUGCAUCGAAUAUUGAGUUAACGAGUUUAAUGGGUCCGUUGUUGCGAUUAAGCGUAUUUGGGAGGGAGUGGCCAACAAUAGCCAAUUCCUACUUCUCUGAUCCAGAGAAGAGGUCUCAUAAUGACAUCGAAUCUUCCAACGCCAGUUUUAGAGGAACACUCAAGAGCUUGCAAUCCGCCCUAUUUCAAGUCUUCAAUGCAAUCGUUCGUGCUUCACCGGAGUCCAGAGAAGCUGUACUGGGUUAUUUUUCUAGGGUGGUUUCGUUGAACGUGAAACGAGGUGGGAUGCAGGUGGACUUUGCCACGGUUGCCUCUGAUGGAUUCAUGGUCAAUCUCCACGCCGUUCUACUGCGCUUUGCUGAGCCUUUUAUGGAUGCGCAAUACUCGAAGAUCGACCGCAUUGAUCCUUGUUAUCUGGGACGUUCUUCUCGGGUCGACGUAUCCGACGAAACUCGAAUCAAAGCAACAGUAGAUGAAGUAAAUGAAUGGAACAGGGAGGUACAAGCUUCAGGAGGACCUGCUCCUAACUUCAUUUCGGAUAUAUUUUACCUGACUGCUGCAAUGAACCAUUAUGGUCCCAUUCGAACGAUUCAGUCAUUCGAUGACCUAUAUAAGCAAGCUGAUGAGCUGCAGAGGCAUAUUGAUCUUCUGACGUCGAGUAUGGCUCCGAUGCAUCCUGGUGAUCCAUUCAUGCUUCGGAUCCAAGCAGGAAUUGAAGCAGCAAAAAAAGAACUUGCUAAAGUCCACAUGGAGCGUCUCGCAUAUCAAGUGCAGCUCCUCGACCCGGAGUUCAUCUUCCGACAAAUAGGGUUCACGAAUUUCCUUGAGACAUGGCUUAUACGUCUUGUGGACCCGAAGAAGUCCCACCCGAAGCCAACCGUAGAAGUUCCGUUGCCCAAAGAAAUACCGACGGUGUUCCGAAUGCUUCCUGAGUAUUUCUUAGAGGACGUUGUGGACUUUUUGCUUCAUCUAAUGAGAAACUCACCGAUGAGCUUGGACUUAACUGGGAAAAACGAGCUCGUAACUUGGGCACUUACCUUCCUUCGUUCGUCUUGGUAUAUCAAAAACCCCUUCCUCAAGGCAAAAAUCAAUGAGGCCAUUUUCUACGGUACUCUCAGUUAUGGGAGACAAAAUGGAGUACUUGUCAACAUAUUAAACACGGAUCCAUUCGCAUUGAAGCAUCUCAUCCCAGCCCUUAUGUCUUUCUACAUAGAGGUCGAGCAAACUGGAGCAAGCUCGCAGUUCUAUGACAAAUUUAACGCUCGGCGGAAUAUUGCAUACAUUCUGAAGGCCAUUUGGAGCAACCCAUCGCACCGCCAGGCUCUACAUUCUGAAGCCAAUGAUACGGACAAGUUUGUUCGCUUCGUGAACCUUAUGAUUAAUGACGUGACAUAUCUUAUGGACGAAUCGCUCAGCGAACUAACUCAGAUUGCGACGAUUCAAAACGAGAUGGAGAGCCCUGAAUGGCAAACCAAAUCUCAAGAAUACCGCCAUGAACGAGAAGGGACUUUGCGUUCACUCGAGCGACAUGCGUCGGGAUACACAACUCUGGGGCGGUCAACAGUUGAUAUGCUGAAGAUAUUCACCGCAGAAACCAAAGCGCCGUUUAUGGUACCAGAAAUAGUUGAUCGCCUUGCAGCGAUGUUGGACUACAACCUCGACGCACUCGUUGGCCCUCGUUGUUCAGACUUGAAAGUCAAGGAUCGCGAGAAAUACCGCUUUGAGCCACGAAAGCUCCUCAGUGAUAUCUUGCAGAUCUACUUGAACCUUUCCGAUCAAGGUGAAUUUGUACGUGCGGUUGCGAAUGACGGACGGAGCUACAGGAAGGAGCUGUUUGAGAGUGCGGCGAGUAUCGCGCGCAAACGAACACUCAAGACAGAGGAUGAGAUCGAGCAACUGCGCAUCUUUGUUGUGAAGGUCGAAGAGAUGAAGGCGACUAUUGAGGUUGAAGAUGAUCUGGGAGAAGUACCAGACGAAUUCCUGGAUCCAUUGAUGUUCACAGUGAUGCGCGAUCCAGUCAUCUUACCGUCUUCAAGGAUCAGUAUAGAUCGUUCCACGAUCAAAUCGCACUUGCUUUCUGAUGCAACGGAUCCGUUCAAUCGUUCACCCCUGACUUUGGAAGAGGUUACUCCCAAUACCGAACUGAAGGCCCGAAUAGGCGCAUUCCUCGCUGAGCGUCGUAAGACAGGGAAUACUGCUCUCGAUGUACCAGAGAAGGACGUGGUGAAUAUGGAUGUGGACGCGGAUGCUUCAGGAUGAACGUGAUAGAUGAAAAGAACUAGCCAGCCUUGGAAUGUAUCAUUAAAACCGGACUCUAACAGUUGAUAUUACGUCGGAUUGCAUAAAU